GUCUUCGCCCUGAUCGUGUUCUCCUGCAUCCUUGGCGAGGGCUACAUCAACACCCACGAGACCCAGAUAAACCUCUGUGUGUUCAACCACAACGAAGAUGCCUGCCGCUACGGCAGUGCCAUCGGGGUGCUGGCCUUCCUGGCCUCCGCCUUCUUCUUGGUGGUUGAUGUGUACUUCCCCCAGAUCAGCAACGCCACCGACCGCAAGUACCUGGUCAUCGGCGACCUGCUCUUCUCAGCUCUCUGGACCUUCCUGUGGUUCGUCGGCUUCUGCUUCGUGACCAACCAGUGGGCAGCCACCAAGCCCCACGACGUGCUGGUGGGUGCCGACUCCGCCCGGGCAGCCAUCACCUUCAGCUUCUUCUCCAUCUUCUCCUGGGGCGUGCUGGCCUCCCUGGCCUACCAGCGCUACAAGGCCGGAGUGGACGACUUCAUCCAGAACUACGUGGACCCCACUCCGGACCCCGGCACAGCCUACGCCUCCUACCCGGGUGCCUCCGUGGACAACUACCAGCAGCCGCCCUUCACCCAGAAUGCAGAGACCACCGAGGGCUACCAGCCGCCCCCUGUGUACUGAGUCCUCGGCCGCUGUGCAUAGCAAGGGGGUCAGAGGCCCCGGGGCCCCUUCCACCCUGGACUCUUCUCAUAGUGCCUGUGCCCAGAGGGGCUUCAGCUACCACUCACUCAAGGGCAUUUUUUAGAAAACGGUUUUAGCUAGACCUGUUUUUUCUGCUUUUAGGGACCCUGCCCUCACCCGGAGCAGCUGCGGGGGGCCCACGUGCCGUCCUGACAAGUGCCUUCGCUUCUUGGCCCCAGCCCAGGGCUGUGGUGGCCGCAAGUAUUUGGGUUCUCUGCCAAAGACAAGGCCGGGGAGCCUCACGCCUAUCCCCCGGCUGGUGCUGGCCCAGGCUCCCUGCCUCUCACUCAGGUUCGUUAGCGCCCGGCAGGCCGCAGCCCCCGCCUCACUGCAGCAGUGUCUGGGGUUGCCACCCUGUGCCGGGGCCCUCUGGGCUGACAGCCAGGGCAGGCUGGUGCCCUCCCCAGGGCAGAGGGAUGGACACGUCCUGCCCCCACCCCCUGGCAGCAAGGGGGGGCUUUGCCUGACUGAAAACACCCAGCUUUAUGUAAAUAUUCUGCUACUGUUGCUUAAGAGGGGUGCCCCACACUUUCAAAUGUAUUCAGAAGCCUUGGGGACGUUAGAUGGUUUGGAGAUGGAAUAAACAUUUUUCUCAUCGGU